AAUGGAUACUUAUAGAAUGGUCUUUCGUUUUUUACAAUCUACAUCUACACGAAAACUUUGAUCUUGCCUCUGUAAUGCAUCAAGAACGAGCAACCAUGAUACUGUUUUAGGUCGCCUCGAUUUUCUACAUUUUCUCUCAAAAUGAAAGAGGGAAAAAAGAUCACCUUUUCUCGCGAUAAGAAAGAAGAAGAAAGAAUUUUCUUCAACCCCACGUUCCCUGAGUCAUGAAUUCUGAGAUUUUGGAAAUUUUACCAGAGCAGAAAAAAAAAAACGAUUUUGUACCAUGGAGGGCAAGAGCAAAGUAGGAAAAAGAAAUGAAGUUUGGCCACGAAUGGAUCCAUCGCGGAGAAAGAAAGAAAGAAAGAAAGAAAGAAAGAGAGAGGGGUUGCAUCAGACUUCAGAGGGUGCUUGUAGUGGGUGAAGAAAAAGUAGGAGAUGUCGUCUCUAACUGUUCCUGCCGUGUCUCCUUCUCCUCUUGAAGACGCCGUUAAACUUCACCAAGCUUUCAAGGGUAUUUUCUCUCUCAACUAAUUUCUUUCUCCUUUUUCUUUCCAGUGUUCCAAACUAUCUACAUCUUAUGGUUCAAUACUUCAAUUGGUGAUGGGCUAUGACCAUGUUGUGUUCAUCCAUUUAUGAGCAAAUGAUCUUAUUAUUUGGUUUAUUUCUAAUGCCUCUGCAGGGAAAGAUGGCCAAUGGUAGAUUAGUAAUGGGCUUUGUUACGGACUUGGAUUGUUUUAAAGCCAUCCUCAUCUUCCUGUACAAAGCUUUUCUGUGAUUAAACUCAUACAUAUUCAAUUGGACUAGACACCCUGAGCUUGUAACAACAUGGAUUUGGCUGUGGCAAGGGUCAAGUUAUCAGUGUCCUUGCUCAUCGCAAUGCAACACAACGUGCUCUCAUCCAACAAGAGUACAAAACCACCUAUUCUGAUGACUUGAUGGAGCGGCUAGCUGCAAAGCUUAGUUGUGGUCUCAAGAAAGCAGUUUUACUCUGGAUGCAUGAUCCUGCUGAACGUGAUGCAGAAAUUCUUCGAGAGGCAUUGAGUGGUUUUAUUGAUAUGAAAGCUGUAAUUGAGGUAAUAUGUUCUCGUGCCCCUUCCCAGAUACAGCAAUUAAAACAAUUUUACCAUUCCAAGUUUGGUGACCUUGAGCAAGAUAUUGAAUGUAAAGCUUCUGGUGCUUCAAAAGAACUAUUGCAAGCAUAUAUAAGGAAGACACACUAUGAAGGUCCAGAAGUUGAUAGAAUGUUGGCAGCGAAGGAUGCCGAUGCUCUUUUUAAUGCAGGAGAGAAGGAAUCAGGAACUGAAGCAAAGCCCUUCAUUCAGAUUUUCAGUGAACGGAGUAGAGCACAGUUGGCUGCUACUAAUCUGCUUUACCAUAACAUGUAUGGGAUCUCCCUGAAACAGGCAAUAAAGAAGGGAACAUCCAGAAAAUUUCAGUUUGCUCUUUUGACGAUCCUACGUUGUGCAGAGAAUCCUUCUAAGUACUUUGCAAAGGCACUGUAUAAGACAAUGAAGGGUUUUGGAACAGAUGAAAAAACACUAACAAGGAUUGUUGUGACCAGGACUGAGAAUGAUAUGCAGCUUAUAAAGGCAGAGUACCAGAAGAAAUUCAAAAAGACACUGGUCGACGCUGUUUACUCUGAUACUUCGUGCCAUUAUAGGACCUUUCUUCUCUCUCUUUUGGAUCCUGACCAGUAGCCACCCAUCAUACAUGGGUGGUAGUGUAAAUAUCAUAUAGUCAAUUGGGAUUGCAAGGGAUGCUUGCUGUAAAAGGAUGAUGAAAAUAAACCUCAAUUUUCUGUUGCAAAUAUACAUAUUGAGAGUUGAUCUAUCAUCAUCUUUGUGAGUGAGUGGUGGGCUUCUGCUUCUGUGGCCUAUGGUGCUUGAACUUGCCCUGCUCUUGAUAAUAAAUGGGAAUAUUAAACAUUGUUUCA